UUUCAGCCUGCCACAACAAGCGAAUAACAAAAGAAAAAAACGCCGACCGACAUAUAGCUUGCUGAAUCUACCCCACCAACACUCGACAAGAGCAACUCAUAUCAAUCAUUCGCGAUAAUACCACUUAUACGCCAGCGCCGCAGUCGCUGAACUGCGCUACGCUGUGCUGCGCGACAUGUCACCAAGAUUAAGACCUCUGCAAUUGCCGCUGCUGGUUGAAAAGAGGAGGAAGAUGGAAGAGGCACAGGCCGAGAUUGACAGCGAUCAUAACUCGGCGUUAUACGUGAUGGGCUCGGGCUCAUCGGAUGCGACUUCACCAGCCACGCCAACAUUUUCGGCGCGUGGGCACCUACGAUACUCGAGCUCAACGUCCUCUUUUGAUCUGACAGCACUGUCUAGUCCUGAGGGACCUUCAUCACCGACCCCCGUCAAACGGAUUUUGCCCGACGUGCAGGAAGAGUCGAUCGAUCCCCUGGAAUCAGAUUCAGAUUCAGAUUCUGACGAUGCUAUAUCCGAUCACUUUGACUUAUACGACUGCCUUUGUGCUGCACCUUGCAUCCACGGCGAUACUGACCUGGUGCAAAGUACGACCGACUUCUACACCCACAAUGGCGACAUUGAUUACGAUAUGGGCUUUCUCAGCGACAACGACUUCAACACGAGUCCACGGUCGAAAAAGCGGCGGGCUGGGUCUGAGUCGCCUUUCACGGGAUUCACUCAACGACUCAACUCCAGGUUUCCCUCUUUGACGCGGUGGAAGUCAACGAGGAACGGCAGCAUAACCAGCUCGCCUGGUUCCGACUUCGGGUUUGAGCAGCGGCCGGCAGUCUCUCGAGCUACAUCGAGUCGCUCCUCUUCCCGCUCAGCCUCCGGUCGGUAUCCCCCGGAUCGCACGAACGAGCCUCCUCUUCCUCCGACGCCAGCUUCUUCGUUCUACGAAAGCAGCGACAGCAUCGCUCUACCGGCGCCUAUCGAUAUCGAGAAGGCCAAUGGCUUUGGUCCUCUCAUUGAAAUGGAGAGAGCUUUAGCCACGACCCCACUUCUACCACCUCUCAUGACCGACGCACACGCCGUGUCGGCCAGCGUUCAGCCUUCACCUUUGGAAUCUCCUACUGUUGUCGGUCCGAUUGUUUCGGAGCCGCAAUCACCCUGUAUUUCCAGCCCACCGCUCAGCACCAAGCCAUCAAACUCAUCCUUUCACCGUGUGGCUACUUCCGCAGAGCUGCCAAACAUCCCUGAACCCGAUGAGUGGUCAGACCGUCUCGGCCAUGCCAACUUCACCAUCCUGCCCCAGCCAUACAAACCCGAGAACCCAGAUCGAGACUCCUUACAACAGCUGCGGGCUGACUGGGCCACUGCGCGCGUAAAUUACACCAAGCAUCUAGUUCGGACCGGGGAGCACUACGGAAUCACCUCCAAGACCUAUGUCAUGACGGAGGCAAAAUGGGCCGAGACAGAUGGCGCCUGGCGAAACCAUCAUGCCAGUGUUGUCGAGGCUGUUACUGCUAGUGGUGAUGGUACUGCUUCCGUGAAAUUUAAAGAGGGCAUUUUGACCACAGUGCCCCGCAUGGACGCCGAGGGUAAAUUUCCCGAGAGAGGCGACGAGGACAUCGUCGGCCCCAUGGUCCGCGAGGCGACCAUGGUCUCACCUGGUGACAGUCCGGAAAAGAGGAAUCCCAGCUUCUGGCGCAACCUCGCUGGGCGUGUUGGCUUACGGAAAUAAAGCCUCUGCAACUUGGCCUAACAAUAAUUAAUGAUGAUCACGACAUUUACGUCACACGCUCCCUACAUAUUAUGUUUAUUUUUUACUCAUCGAGAGAU